AUGGGCGGCAGCCUUGCUCUACUCCUCAAAUUCAUGACCAACGAUUUGAAGACAUUGCUGCCACCAGAGCCACCAGCCGCCGUUUCCCCUCUUGCCAACGCCAAUGAUCACCUCCGACAAGCAGCAUUGAAUACGCCUCCACGUCGAACAAGAAGAGCAAACGCCAACGAGCCAGAGAAGAUAGAGUGGGGCUUCAACAUGAAAACGGGCUACACUCCUCGCCGUGGCAAGCGUGUUUGCGAAUCGCACAAGCUUCGAGAGCAGCGCUGCGAUGGAAGAGUGCUUGUCUAUCUUUCGCCGGCACCUGGGGCUCCAGCAAAGACAGAUGUCCGACAAAGAUGCCGUCUUUGUUCAGGGCGGACUGCUUUCUACUGCACGGGUUGCAGGAACUACUUCUGUUUUGGCUCCCAAGGGCUUUCGAAGACUCGCAUCAAGACGAUAGAGCAGAGGAGCGAGGACGAUGACUUUGUCAAGCCGAAGCUCCACCUUCAAAUGAGUGUAUACAAUCCGACGGUGGAGGAAGUCAAGAGCGCUUAUGUCAGCAAUAGCUGCUAUCUCCUCCACCACAAGACUGCCUUCGACUUUUUCUGGGAAGCGAAGCACGAAGAAGAGGAGGAGAUGGCUGCAAUUGGUGAGGAGAGUGACGGAGACGGAGUGCAAGGCAAUUAA